AGCACGCGUUUGACGUCCCUACUCUGAUAGAUGCCGCCGUAUAAAAGCUCCAUAAAUAUCCGGCAUACCCUCGGCUCAGGUCAGAUCCCAAGGCCCGCACCACUGCACCGUCUUUCGCGAUAGCCCACUCUCACGCCAAACAAUCUCUCAACUUUGCUCUCCGGAGAAACACAAAUAAGAUGGAUCGGGAACUGCCUAGUGGAAAAUGGCAAUGGUACUACACCGACCAUGCCUUCGUGCCGGAGAACCACCUCAAGUUCCGUCAGGACAUCACUCGGUGGCUUCUUGCACGCCAGGGUAAGCCCGAGGUCAGCGCUGAUGGCCAACCGACGGAGCUCACUGAGGUCCAACGGCGACUCAUCCGCGACUCCCUGACGCGCCGCAACCGGUUUCUAUGGGUGCAGACCGAGACUGCCCGGAUAUACACGGAGGAAGAGAAGAGCGAGGCUGUCGCCACGGGGGCACCACUUCGGCCCCCCCCUGCGGCCAACGCUGUCCUUGAGGCAGUCCAGCAACCCCCCCGCGCGGAGCUCAUCGACCCGGUCACCGGCAAGUUCGACUGUCCAUGUUGCUUCCGCAGACUCCCGGCCCGAUAUCUGGAGCCGAAGGCGUGGUGGAAGCAUGUCGAAAGCGACGUUGGUAGUGCAACGUGUUUGUUGGACCACUGCCUUAUGAAGCCGCAGCCGUUUGCCAUUGAUCAGUUGUACGAUCAUGUUCGACUGUAUCAUGACCCGGAGAAACUGUGGACGCUGCGUGACAUUGACUCGGCGCGGCGAUUUCCCCUCGAUCCCUUCCCGGAGAACUGCCCCAUCUGUGACUAUACGGAUGAUGAUAGAGAGCGGGUCGUGACUCAUAUCUGCAAGGAACUCCGAUUCUUUGCGUUGAUGGCGCUGCCAUGGGCGACUGAUCAGAUGCUGAUCGUCGGGGACGAGUGGCAGAAGGAGGUCGAUCGCUUGUGGCCUCCUCACUGCAAUGUGCUACCUUGUGGCACUUGGUCGAACGACGAGGCUUGGGCCAAGCGGGCGGCGAAGAAGCGAACCCGUCAAGCGAUUCAUGAACUCAGUCUGGAGGAUUCGUAGGAUCCUCAGCUCGAUGGUGAUGAGGAUGAUCGUGUGGUGGUCCCAUUUGGUCUGCCCAGGUUACUCUCACCCCCGUAUGAUCUCACCUGUCGGACUUAUGAUAUCGAAUACUACUUUCACAAUCUUAUUUCAAU